UUCCAAAAGAAAUGAGCAGCACCGAAGGGGCGGGGUCUUUGGGCUGGCGGGGAGAUUCGGUUGAAAUCAGUAAAACCGAGCGCUCUGGAAUCGAACCACCGAUCGGGCUCUUCGGAAGAGAUUAAAAAAUAACAACAAUCGCACGAAGGAAAAAAAAAAAAAAAAAAGAAUAAUGAAAAUACACACUGUAAUUGUUUGUCAGAGACAACGUGUUAAAACGCGAUCGUGAGUGUUUUCAGCCAAAACACUGCUUUAGACAAAUUGCUACAAUGGAAGAGAUGGAGAUAGACCUGCAGCUGGGGGGAACAGAGACGGUGUCACACCAAGUGGAGCAGGGUGGCUUGAGCGGUGUGUUCCCGAUAAUCAUUCCUGAAUCGGAGAGUGACAUAGAGGAAGAGGAGUGGCCCGUGCCCAUUCUGAGGGGGCUGCUGCAGGGGGGUACCAGCUCUGAGGUCGAGCCAGCACGACAGGGGGCUGUAACCAGGAGGAGGCGGGCGACGCGGGCGCAAAGCCAGGCUACUCGCACCUCUGCAAGGUCCAGGUGGCCCCUCACAGCAGGAAGUGCCAGGCAGGCCUCCGCGAUGGACAGCAUCUUCCAGCCAAGCCGCAGCCAGACUGUGCAGCUGCCUUACACCGGCUCACUGGUGCACAUUGUGGGGGACUCUGCCACAGUGAGUGUCACUGACCCGGGUUCAGGGAACACCACGGAGCAGAGUGACUCUGAGGAGAGCCUGACUGACCUGGAGGAGGCUGCAGCGCCUGCAGCCCCCGUCGUGCCCGCUGUCUCUCUCACCACAGGUCUUGCAGUGCCAGCAGAGGGCCGUGCUGAGACUGUAGGGUCUGUGCAGAGGGAUGUAGAAGGUCCUCUCCAAGACUCGGAGUCAAGCUCUCCAGUGAAAAUUUCUGGGCCGAAAGAGGUGUCCACUGCUUCCAUAGCACCCCCCAAUGGUCCUGGGGAGGAAGAGGGAGAUACCUGUCCUAUCUGUUUCGAACCCUGGACCAAUGCAGGGGAGCACCGCCUCUCCACCCUGCGCUGUGGGCAUCUCUUCGGGUUCACCUGCAUCGACCGCUGGCUCCGGGGGCAGGGGGGCAAGUGUCCGCAGUGCAAUAAGAAGGCGAAGCGCACGGAUGUUGUGGUGUUGUACGCUCGCACGUUGAAGGCCCUCGAUACCAAUGAGCAGGAGAGGAUGAAAAGCCUUCUGGAGCGCGAGCAAGCCCUGCGGAGGAAGUCUGAGCUGGAGUCGGCACAGUGCAGGCUGCAGCUCCAGGUGCUGACAGACGAGUGCGGGCGACUGCGCAAGCAACUGCAGGAGUUGAAGGUGUUGAUGUCCCAGCAAGGCUGUAGUUCCUCUCAAUCGAAUGGCUCCCGCACCACCCUCUCGCAGGGCACCAGCCAGGCCCAGGGGGGCCGCUACACUUUCAACAAGGCUGUGAUGGUGUCUCAGACAGGGAACUGCCGCGUGCUUUCCUACUGCGAGCCUCUCAGCUGCCUGCUGGCCUCCCAACCCUCCCCACAAGCAACACUGGUACCAGGUUGCGGUGUUAAGAAGAUCAGUGCAGUCAGCAUGAAGGCGUGUCAGUACGUACCAAUCCACGCCAAGCAGAUCCGUGGCCUGGCCUUCAACAACCAGGCAGACAGUCUAAUGCUCUCUGCAGCGCUGGACAGCACCGUCAAACUGACCAGCCUCCUGACCAACACGGUGGUGCAGACCUACAACACGGGCCGUCCCGUGUGGAGCUGCUGCUGGUGUCUGGAUGAUCCCAAUUACUUCUACGCUGGGCUGAACAGCGGCUCUAUCCUGGUAUACGACACACGGGACACCAGCACAUAUGUGCAAGAGCUCGCUCCGCUUGGGUCCAGGUGCCCGGUGGCCUCCCUGUCCUAUCUCCCUCGCGCCGCCUCUGCUGCUUUCCCCUGUGGGGGGUUGAUUGCUGGGACCCUGGAGGGGGGCAGCUUCUGGGAGCGGAAGGAUGGGACGACUUACAGAGCCCACCUCCUCCCGCUGGAGACGGGUGGCUGCACAGACAUCCAGGUGGAACCAGCCAGCCGGCACUGUCUCGUUACCUACAGGCCAGGCAAGUCAAACCCCUCUCUGCGAUGUGUACUGAUGGAGCUCAGCAGGGGGCGCCAGAUAGACUCGUCUGAGGACCCUCCGUGUACCUGCCACCCCAUCCAGUCCUUCAGCGCCGGCUCCUCCUGCAAGCUGCUCACCAAAAACGCUGUGUUUGAGAGCCCGGCACGCGACGGGGCCAUGCUGGUGUGUGCAGGAGACGAGGCUUCCAGCUCUGCUAUGCUGUGGGAUGCCGGUCGUGGUUCUCUGAUUCAGAAACUGCAGGCUGACCAGCCAGUACUGGACAUCAGCCCCUUCGAGGUGAACCAGAACAGCUACCUGGCCUUGCUCACGGAGAAGAUGGUGAAGAUCUACAAGUGGGAUUGAGAUAAAGAACUGCAGGAAGAACCAGUAUGUGUGCAGCAUGUCUGGAGUAGAUUGAGGGAAUGUGGGAGCCCUUUAACACAGCACAACAGAAGGGCUUCUGGAAGUGCUUGAGAUAAGGCAGCAGUUCAUGCGGCAUGAUUUUGAGGGAAGGGGCAUUCUGGGAGCACUCGUAUUUGGGGUCGCCAUAGAAAUAAAAACUAAUGAUCCAAUGAGAAUUGAGAAAAGCGUCAAACCAAAUACACCAUGGAGUUGUGGGUUCCCACUAAUUAUGACUUUGUGAUCUUCAGAAUGAAUAGGAACUUGGGGUUACAACAGUUUUAACUUGAGUAGAGUCCCCACUGUAAAUUGGGACAAAUGAGGGGAAUGCCUAUCGGGCUAAAGGUCCAGUGCUGGGGUGUGUUGAGUGCAUCAUAUACAAGAUAGUGAGGCACAACUCUCUGCAUGAAUAUGGACCAGUGGUGACCAUUGUACAGGCAGCAGUGAAGAUCUUAAGUGUUGUGUGUGUUUUUUUUUUUUUUUUUUUUUUUUUUUUUAAUUUAGAAGUGAUCCCAAAUAGCUCACAGAGCAGCAACAUCGUGUUUCCAGUAGGCACUCUCUCUUCCCAUUGUUUCUUUUAUAUUGCUUUUAUUUAAUACAAUGUUUGCACAUUUGGAUUUGUCUGAGGCCUUGGUAGCUGUCCCAGAUAGGCAUGCUCAGUCUCGCAAUACAGUUUUCAGUACUUUGCAUCACCAAAAUAAAAUUCAUGAAAUCAAUUCACAUGGGAAGAGGAAGACUGGAUUUGCCUGAGAAAUUGGGCACAAAAAGCUGAAUUUAUCAAGAUAUUUACAUAAUGCAGUUUGCGCCAUUAAAAAAAAAAAAAAAAAAAAAAAAAAAAUACAGUAAACUACUUUGGGCUAGAGGGUGUUCUGAUAAUCAAAUUACAAUUGAAAUGUUAAUGACUUUCCCUAUCAAGAAACCUGAAGACAUAAUACAAACCCUUUACCCCGAUGACUGGCCUGCUAGGGCAUUUCCUGUGAUAACAAGGCAGGAGCGCACGGCACUCGAGGUUAACAAGUGGCUGUUUGGAAAGUGGAGGUGUUUGGAUAAUCGGAGUUUGAAAACUGAGUCUGUAAUUCUGUCAGUGUUUCCCCACUUACAACAAUUAGCCUAGGCGUGCUUUCUAGUAACUUAGUAUUACAUUAAGUUUGUUUAGGUACUUGAGUUUUAUUCUGGUCCUAUAUUCAGGUUGUCACUAGCAGCUUAACCUUUAAACAUAAGCCUAUUUUUUAAAACUUGAUUGCUUUUGUAUUUACAAUUUAUAUCUACAGUGCCCUGCAUUUGUUUUCAGUUUUCUGCUGAAUGAUUCCUUGUUGACUGACUAUGUUCUUCCACAAUUCUUAGCUUUUAUGUGGAUACUUGUUUGCUGCCCUGUUUGUUUACAUUCCCUUAAAGCAAGGGUCUCCAAUCCUGGUCCUGGAGGGCUUGUAUCCUUCCUGGUUUUUGUUCGAACUGUACCCUAAAUGACUUAAUUGGACCAGUGAAGUGCUUAUUAGAAGCUUAAUUGGUCCAAUUAAUUUUAGUGAACAGUUAGAACAAAAACCAGGAGGGACACUGGCCCUCCAGGACCAGGCUUGGAGACCCCUGCUUUUAAAGUGCUGCUGCUGUCAGAACUAAACAGGAGGUUAUUUACAUCACCAAGCUCAGGAAGAAAUAAGGACCAAGAGUAUAUGGUUUCAACAUGGUCUUGUAAGCCUUGGUUCACUCAACACUAGUUACAAAGCUUUGUUGCCCGAAGUUGAAAUAAAAUUAAAAUACGGCCUCUAACCUCAAACUUCCACUAUUUAAAUGAAUAAUAUUAAACUAGAAAAUGGAGGUUGCUUUUGAUUUUUAAACAGGGUAUACAUACAUAGUCAGUGUGUGUGCAUGCUAUAAACUGUGCAGAGGGAGAAUUAUUUAUAUAUGUGUGUCUGUGCUUUAUAUGUUUCUCGAUUUAUGAUUGUUUAAUUUUGUAAUAAAGUAGAUUCUGUAAUUCAGUUGAUUGUGUUCUGUUUCUUGUAGCUGCCUACCAGGAA